AUGGACCUUUUUGUUGAUGGUGAAUUGGAGUCUCUCUUGUGGAUGUUCAAUUCUGAUCAAUAUUCAUCAUCGAAGGAGGACCGACCAAGAGAUGAGAUUCUCGGCCUCUCUAGCCUCUACAAUGAUUAUCUUCAUCAUCACCAAAAUACUUCUGAUCAUCAUGCUCUCUUACUUCCUGAUAUGUUCCCACUUGGCGCAAUGCUGGGAGGGAAUCUUCCGACCAUGCUUGAUUCCUGGGAUCCAAACCACCUCCAAGAAACGGCAACGCGUAAGAGGAAACAACUUAACCUAGAGAAUCUACACAAUACUAACGCUAACUGCGACAUCACAAGACAAGAGCUAGUCAAAGCCAAGAAAAAACAGAGGGUAAACCCGGAAACCAAUACAAUCGACCAAAGUAACAUUAGCUGGAGACUUGGUCAGAGUAUAAGCACCAUUUCAGUUGAUGAGAAAGAUUCGGUCACCAGUUUUAAAGGCAAAACAAGAGCCAACAAAGGACAAGCUACUGAUCCUCAAAGCCUCUAUGCUCGGAAACGACGAGAGAAGAUUAACGAAAGGCUCAGGACGCUGCAAAACCUUGUACCAAACGGGACAAAAGUCGAUAUAAGCACGAUGCUUGAAGAAGCGGUGAAUUACGUGAAGUUCUUGCAGCUUCAAAUUAAAUUAUUGAGCUCGGAUGAUCUAUGGAUGUACGCACCAUUGGCUUACAACGGAAUCGACAUGGGAUUUCAUCAAAACCUUUUGUCUCGGCUUACGUGA